AUGUCGAACACCAACGACGCUCUCCUCUUCAAGCCCUACAAGCUCGGUGAUAUUGGGACGCUAAAGCAUCGUAUUGUCCUCGCGCCACUCACUCGUCUUCGCAACGACGACGACUUCGCGCCGAAGGAUAUCGCCGUCAAGUACUACACUCAACGCGCGAGCGUCCCUGGCACGCUGCUCUUCGCUGAGGGGACUGUACCCGGACCUCAAGCACACGGCAUAGCCGGCUCUCCUGGUAUCUGGAGCGACAAGCAGAUCGCGGCGUGGAAAAAGGUCACCGACGCCGUGCACGACAAAGGCUCUUUCAUCGUCACUCAGCUUUGGUCAACCGGCACGCCAGCGGACGCAGCACUCCUGAAGCGUCUCGGUUACGACUAUACGAACGUCUCGGCAUGGCACUUUGACGAUGUCCCUCCCGAGCAACUGCCGCGCGAGAUGACCAAAGCGGAGAUCAAGGAGUUCGUCGCUCUGUACGCAAAAGCGGCCAAAGACUCCGUUGAGCGCGCAGGCUUCGACGGUGUAGAGUUGCAUCUGGGUAACGGGUAUCUCAUGGACGCGUGGCUGCAGACCAACUCGAAUCAUCGCACGGACGAGUACGGCGGGAGCGUCGAGAACAGGCUUCGAUUCCCGCUCGAAGCGCUCAAGGUGAUCGUAGACGCCGUUGGCCAGCGCAAGGUCGGGCUGAGGAUCAGUCCGUGGGCGCGAUUUCAGGGCAUGCGGAUGCCGGACGCGGACAUAGUCGAGACGUUCUCAACUCUUCUCACGCGUGUGCGCGAUGCAUACCCGCACCUCGCUUUCGUUCACGUCGUCAUGCCACGCAUCUUCGGCGCCAGCGACGAUCCUGAGGCCGAUACUGUUCACGCGCGCGACUCGGAUGAUUACUUGCGGGCGAUCUGGAAGAGCGGGUCUCAUGCAGAUGAGAGGACGUACAUCGCUGCGGGCGGCUUCAGUCGCGAGAGCGCGAUCGAGCGCGCGCAAACUGGCGAUCUUGUUGCGUUCGGGAGGGCAUUCUUGGCAAACCCGGAUUUGCCGCGUAGGUUGGAGAACAACUGGCCGUUGAGGAAGGGUAGUCGCGAGACAUACUACACAGGCGGCGAGCUGGGGUACACUGACUAUCCUUCCUAUGAAGAAGAGCAGAAGAGCGUCGAGACGAAUAUUGCAUAG